AGCUAGCGUGUGUCCGUGGUUCAAUGGCAGCGCGAACAAUUUACGGAUAUUCUUGGUGGUUUUAGUUGACUGUGGUUAUUGUCUCAUAGCAGCAUGUAACGCAAUUUACGUUCAUGUUUUGUCCUAGCUAAGGCGCAGAUCACAGGAAAUGGUCCUAAAGUGGCAAAGUAGACACGUAAAUUACUGUGACAGCAGAGUGAAUGAAAGACACGGGCUUCAACGCAAAUAUUGUGGAUCAACUGAACACAUAAAAGGCUUGUUCAUGGAAGACCAAAGUAUUUACUGGUGGGGCCAAGAUUAAGUGUUUCCUAAUCCAGAUCCAGUUCAGGAUUGCUACUUAUGAAAUUGCUCGGAUAUGAAAUAAAGUGGACGACGGGAGGAGUUGUGCCCACUCACUCUUCUCCAACAUUUUGAAGGAUGGCAGGCCUGAAGCUUGUCACGCCGGCCACAUCUCCCAUGGGGCCUUUUUUUGGACUUCCGUGGCAGCAGGAGGCUAUCCACGAUAAUAUCUAUACACCUAGAAAAUAUCAGGUGGAACUUCUCGAAGCAGCUCUUGAACGUAACACUAUCGUCUGCUUAAAUAGCGGCUCAGGGAAGACCUUUAUUGCAGUUCUCCUAACGAAAGAGCUCUCCCACCAAAUUCGGGGAGAGUACCUAGGAUAUGCGAAGAGGACUGUAUUUCUUGUUAACUCAGCCUUGUCUGUUGCUCAGCAAGCAGCUGCCAUCAGAACUCACUCUGACCUCCAAGUGGGAGAGUACACCGACGUGGAGGAGGCUUUGGCGUGGACCUACCAUCAGUGGAGCCAAAAGAUAGUCAAGAAACAGGUUCUGGUAAUGACUUGCCAUAUCUUCCUGCAUAUGCUGAGGAAUCAAAUCUUACCUUUGUCCAAAAUCAACUUGGUGGUUUUUGAUGAUUGUCAUCUUGCCAUCACAGAGCACCCCUACUGUGAGAUCAUGAAGCUAUUUGAUGGAAGCUCGUGCAAUCCUCGCAUUCUGGGUCUCACAGCCUCCAUUCUGAACGGCAAAUGCGACCCGUCGGACCUUGAGCGGAAAAUACAGAGUUUGGAGCGAGUCCUGAAGAGCAACGCUGAAACUGCCACUGACCUUGUAGUUCUAGACAGAUAUGCCUCUCAGCCAAGAGAAGUUGUGCUGGACUGUGGCCCCUAUCUGGACAAGAGUGGGCUAUCCUCUCGUCUCCAAGUGGAGUUGGAUGGAGCUCUGGACUUCUUAAACGAUUGUUACGUCUCUGUCCCGAGAGAGGACAGAGGUCCGACAGUCAUCUCCCGACAGGUACUAAGUGAAUGCAAGGCUGUGCUCCAGGUGCUGGGACCCUGGUGUGCAGACAAAGCAGCAGGCAUCAUGGUGCGGGAGCUCCAGAAGUACAUCAAACACGAACAGGGGGAGCUUCACCGCAAGUUUCUGCUCUUCACCGACACCGUUCUCAGAAAAGUCCACGCUCUUUGUGAAGAACAUUUCUCUCCUGCCUCCUUGGACCUCAAGUUUGUCACACCAAAGGUUCUCCGUCUGCUGGAGGUCCUGCACGAAUACAAGCCUUUUGAGCGCCAGCAGUUUGAGAGCGUCGAGUGGUACAACAACCGCAAUCAGGACAAUUAUGUGUCUUGGAGUGAUUCGGAGGAAGAAGAUGAGGAUGAAGAAGCGGAGACCAAAGAGCGGCCCGAAGCCAACUUUCCUUCGCCGUUCACCAACAUUCUAUGUGGAAUUAUAUUUGUGGAGAGGCGUUACACGGCUGUCGUCCUAAAUCGUCUUAUCAAAGAAGCGGGAAAGCAGGACCCAGAGUUGGCUUACAUCAGCAACAACUUUAUUACCGGCCAUAGCAUUGGCAGGAAUCAGCCGCGGAACAAGCAGAUGGAGGUGGAAUUCAGAAAGCAAGAGGAGGUUCUGCGCAAAUUUCGAGCUCACGAAACCAACCUGCUGAUUGCCACCAGCAUUGUGGAGGAAGGUGUGGACAUUCCAAAGUGUAACUUGGUGGUGCGCUUUGACUUGCCGACUGAAUACAGGUCCUAUGUUCAGUCCAAAGGCAGAGCUCGAGCUCCCGUCUCCAACUAUGUUAUGCUGGCCGAUAGCGACAAGACCACGUGCUUUGAAAAUGAUCUGGGUACCUACAAAGCCAUAGAAAAGAUCUUGAGGAACAAGUGCUCCAAGUCUGUGGAGGUUGGCGAGUUUGAAGGAGAUCAGCAAGUGUUGGACGAUGACAACAUCCUUCCUCCGUAUGUGCUUCAAUCUGAGGACGGCGGUCCUCGGGUCACCGUUAACACGGCCAUCGGUCACAUUAAUAGGUAUUGCGCUCGGCUGCCGAGUGACCCCUUUACCCACUUGGCUCCCAAGUGUAAAACGGUGGCGACGCCAGAUGGGAGAUUCCAGUCGACGCUUCAUUUACCCAUCAACUCCCCGCUCAGAGUGCCUGUUAAGGGUCCAAAAAUGAAUUGUUCCAGAUUGGCAGAGAAAGCAGUUGCCCUACUUUGUUGUGAGAAGCUGCAUCAAAUAGGCGAACUGGAUGAUCAUUUGAUGCCAGUUGGGAAGGAGACGGUAAAGUACGAGGAAGAGCUGGACCUUCACGAUGAAGAAGAAACCUGCGUUCCUGGGCGGCCUGGCUCGACAAAGAGGCGACAGUGCUACCUGAAAGCUAUUCCAGAGUGUCUGCAGGACAGUUUUGCUGUCCACCAGCAUACUUACUACUUGUACGUCAUCGGAAUGGUUCUCACCACACCGCUCCCGGAUGAGCUCAACUUCCGGCGAAGGAAGCUUUACCCACCGGAGGACAGCACUCGCUGUUUCGGCAUCCUGACGGCUCAACCCAUACCGCGAAUCCCCCAUUUUCCUGUCUACACGCGCUCGGGCGAGGUGACCAUCUCCAUCGAGCUCCAGAAGUGUGGCUUCAAGCUCACCGCCGCUGAGCUGGAGCUCAUCAUUCGCCUGCACCAGUACAUCUUCUCCCAUAUCCUUCGCUUAGAGAAACCUGCACUGGAGUUCAAGCCUACACUUGCUGACUCUGCUUACUGUGUUCUACCGCUCAAUGUUGUUGGAGAUUCCAACACACUAGAUAUGGACUUCAAGUUCAUGGAGAAUAUUGAAAGGUCUGAGGCCCGAACUGGCAUUCCGACUACUCAUUACACCAAACAACAGCCAUUCAACUUCAAGUUGGAGGAUUACCAGGAUGCCGUCAUCAUUCCAAGGUACCGUAAUUUCGACCAGCCUCAUCGCUUUUAUGUCGCUGACGUGUACACAGACCUCACACCUCUCAGCAAGUUUCCUUCACCAGAAUAUGAGACAUUUGCUGAGUACUACAAAACCAAGUACAAUCUGGAUUUAUCCAACAUGAACCAGCCACUCUUGGAUGUUGACCAUACCUCAUCCAGACUCAAUCUCUUAACACCUCGUCACCUGAACCAAAAGGGCAAAGCGCUGCCUCUCAGCAGUGCAGAGAAGAGGAAAGCAAAAUGGGAAAGUCUCCAGAACAAACAGAUCCUGGUUCCAGAGCUUUGUGCCAUCCACCCCAUCCCAGCGUCCCUCUGGAGGAAGGCAGUGUGUUUGCCCAGUAUCCUCUACCGUCUCCACUGCCUCUUGACGGCAGAGGAACUCCGAUCCCAGACGGCCACCGAAGCCGGAGUCGGAUCACCGACGCUUCCGCCUGAUUUCAGGUAUCCAAACUUGGACUUUGGGUGGAAGAAAUCAAUUGACAGCAAAAUCUUCAUCUCCUUAACGGAGUGCAACGACAUUCAGUGUAAGCAGCAGCCGUCAGCCGAUUCGAUGUCGGGUGGCGGUCGUCCUCACCGUUCCCAAGCCGUGGUCACUUGCGGCAAGAACCGCUCGACUGCGUACAAUGGCGGCGAGAGUCUCCCGGAAGGAGAGCAGAGUCUCCGGCAUAAUUGCCAAUGCCCCCGCUGUAGUUUUGUCGAACUGCUCAGCCCUAAAACGAUGCAAAUCCCUCCUACCUCAGUUCCCGCGGAGCCCUCUCGCAGUUGCGAGGCUCCCGGCACAUGUCCCGCACAGCGUAGCGACGGAUGCGCACUCGGAAGCAAGUCGAGAAGUCACGCUACCUCAGCCUACAGCGAGUGUCCCAAUGUUCACAAAGCACCUUCCCUCAAUCCCAGCAAAGUAGCAGGAGGUGCUAUCAAAAGGCUGGGGCCCAACCCAGGCCUUAUCCUCCAGGCCCUGACCCUUUCCAAUGCCAGUGACGGUUUCAACCUGGAGCGUCUGGAAAUGCUGGGCGAUUCCUUCCUCAAACACGCCAUCACCACCUAUCUGUUUUGCACCUAUCCCGAUGCCCACGAGGGCCGGCUCAGCUACAUGCGCAGCAAGAAGGUGAGCAACUGUAACCUCUACCGCUUAGGGAAGAAGAAAGGACUCCCCAGCAGGAUGGUGGUCUCCAUUUUUGAUCCCCCAGUCAACUGGCUGCCUCCCGGCUAUGUGGUCAACCAAGACAAGACUGUCGCAGACAAAUUGGACUCAGAUGAGGCCGAGGAAAUGAUUGUGUCUAACGGGUGCUGUGCUAAUGAAGAUGUGAAUGAAGACAAUAAUGAGGGAGAGCUGCUUUUGAAGGAUGAACCAAAAGAUGAGGUCAACAUGGAGGAUGACCUGGAGUACUACAAAGAACACAUCAAAUUCAUCGACAAUAUGCUGUUAGGCUCUGGCGCCUUUGGUAAAAAGAUUUCUUUGAGCAGCAGCUCUCUGACCACUGCCUCAGAGCCUUUGCCAUCCAUCCAGACGGCGUAUGAAUGGAAGGCCCCAAAGAAAAACCCAUAUCCCGCGGCGGCCCAGCACCACUCUGAGCCAGCACCCGCCACAGCCGAGGACUUUGACUACAGCUCGUGGGACGCAAUGUGCUACCUGGACCCCAGCAAGGCCGGCGAGGAGGAUGACUUUGUGGUGGGCUUUUGGAAUCCGUCGGAGGAGAGCUACGGCGCCGAGCUGGGAAAGCAGUCCAUCUCUUACGACUUGCACACAGAGCAGUGCAUAGCUGAUAAGAGUAUCGCCGACUGUGUCGAGGCUCUGCUGGGUUGCUAUCUGACCAGCUGUGGCGAAAGAGCCGCCCAGAUGUUCCUGUGCUCGUUGGGCUUGAAGGUCUUGCCCCUUGAGAAAGGGAGCGUGACAGAAGAAGCUGGAGUCAGCCCGACGUCCUCGUGCUACGGCUGGUUGAAAAUCCCACCGCGCUGCAUGUUGCAACAUCCGGAUGCGGAGCGAACCCUCAAGCACCUUAUCUCUGGCUUUGAGAAUUUUGAAAAAAAGAUCAACUACACAUUUCACCACAAGGCUUACCUACUGCAAGCCUUCACCCAUGCUUCCUACCAUUACAACACAAUCACAGAUUGUUACCAACGCUUGGAGUUUCUCGGCGACGCAAUUCUCGACUACCUCAUUACAAAGCACCUUUACGAAGAUCCGCGGCAGCACUCGCCCGGCGUACUGACCGACCUGCGCUCGGCGCUCGUCAAUAACACCAUCUUUGCCUCUCUGGCCGUCAAGUACGACUACCACAAGUACUUCAAAGCGAUCUCCCCUGAACUUUUCCACGUGAUUGACGACUUUGUGCAGUUUCAACUGGAAAAGAAUGAGAUGCAAGGCAUGGACUCUGAGUUGCGUCGCUCUGAAGAAGAUGAGGAGAAAGAGGAGGACAUUGAAGUGCCCAAAGCUAUGGGCGACAUCUUUGAGUCGCUCGCCGGAGCCAUUUACAUGGACAGCGGGAUGUCGUUGGAGACGGUGUGGCGAGUGUAUUAUCCAAUGAUGAGGCCACUGAUCGAGAAAUUUUCCGCAAACGUGCCCCGGUCUCCUGUAAGGGAGUUGCUUGAAAUGGAACCGGAAACUGCAAAGUUCAGCCCCGCAGAGCGAACUUAUGACGGAAAGGUCCGAGUGACGGUGGAAGUGGUGGGAAAAGGCAAGUUCAAAGGAGUGGGACGCAGCUAUCGUAUUGCCAAGUCGGCGGCGGCCCGACGAGCGCUGCGAAGCCUCAAAGCCAAUCAACCUCAGGUCCAAAACAACUGAGCUCCUCCUCAUGGCGAAAAAGCAGCAUUUGCCACGCCACGCUAGCUAGGUAUGCCUUCCUCCUGUAUGUUACACCAAGUGAGAAACAGUCUGGGGACGGGACGAGACGGAAGACGUUUGCAUCGGAUCGUUUUCAUUCUUGUUGCGCACACACAAUCUUUCUUUUUCUCUUUGCUUUGGCGACUGCUUGAUUCACAUGAAUCAAAGUGUUCAACUGGUCAGGUUGCAAUGUCUAUCGCUCCUUUUAACCUCAUCCAAAAUGAAAGUGAGGCAGGCAUACGUUGUCUUUUCCAUCAAUGUAUGUAGCGAGGCCAACGCGCUUAACCCCUCAGCCUGUGCACUAAUGCCAGUAAGUUUGAAAGUGUUAUGAAAAAAACAAACAAAUGCGAGCAGCAGACGUAGCAACCGGAUUCCACUGGAGAGAAAUGCAAUGAAUAAUGAUGGUAUUAUGAAAACGCCGUGGUCACAUUGACAGAGAGCAAAAUGACAUAGCUAUAACAAAGUAUGUAUACAAAUCUCAAAUGAUGUUUUGGGACUCAGAGGCUCGCUCACCUAUUUUCCAAAAUA